AUGUCACUGCUUCUCCUUCAGCUGUUAGUGCUGUCAUGUCUUGGAGCCGCAGAGCCGCAGGGAGAUUCACCACAAAGGAAAAGCAGAAGGCCGUUUCAGCACCUUUUCUACCCAGACAAAAACCUGCUCAAAAGUCAGAGUUUUCGUGAGCUGGUAGGGGAGAAGCCAGUAGGUGUUGAUGAAACCCUGGGAGAACCAAGCUUUUUUGUAGCAAUUCCACAGACGGCAUCUGAAAGUGUGAAGCAAGAGGAGAAAAAAAUGUCUAGAUUCAUCCUUCCCAAUGCAGAACUCCAUGCAGACCAAGACCUGAGAACCUGGGCAGCACCCAGAGAGAUCUCUCCUGCGGAAAACUUCUCUCCAUCCCACUAUUCCAGCAAGAGCGAGGCUGAAAUUCCCUAUAGGAAAGAUGCCAAGAAAUUUUGGGAGCACUUCAUGUUAAAGAAAAAUUCAGCAUCUGAAGAGGUUGUCCUGCCAAUCAAGACCAAUGAAAUGCACCAAGAAAACUGCAGAACCCUGCCUUUUUCCCAGGGUGUUACUCACGAGAACUGUGAGAAGGUGAUGAUACAGAACAAUCUGUGUUUUGGAAAAUGUAGUUCCUUUCAUGUUCCUGGUCCAGAAGAUCGUCUUUACAGCUUUUGUUCUCAUUGCUUGCCCAGCAAGUUCUCCAUGAAGCGCCUGUAUCUCAACUGCACCAGUUCUGUACCGGUGGUCAAAGAAGUCAUGAUUGUAGAAGAGUGUAAAUGUGAGACUCAGAAGGUUAAAGACCCUGCAAUUGGAUCUCUGCUGUCAGACUUGCAUGCAAAUGUACAUGAGCACAAUUAA